AGAUAAUAAUAAUAAUAAUAAUAGGAGCUAUAUUCACGAAGACAUUGCUAUUUAUUAAUAUAUGGUAGGCUGAAUACAAAUUUUGCAAUUCCAUUCCCAAUCUCUGAUCGAGUUCAUCAGUUUUCCCCACCUAUAACCCUCCUUAAAUUGUUACCAAAUUCGCAUUAGAUCACAAUCUCUCACCAAUCAUCUCAGCCUUAUGGUUCUCUUUGAUUUCAAGUCAGACAAACACUUCGUUGCUUCCUCUGACAAAACUACCAUUCAUGUAUACGAGCUUACCAACCCUACUAUCCAUCCUUCCCGCAUCAGAAAGACUCAUUGGAGGGAAGUCGCCAACAUCACUCCUGCUCCUGAUCACCAUGAUGGCGACAAUGAGGACCAAAGCGAUCCCGACGAAGACGAUGCAGCAGCAGGUGAGGAGGAGGAGGACGAGUCGUACAACGGGCUGAUGUUCUUCGAUGGUCACGGGAAGAUCGAGGGACAUGCGGCGUUGACCAAGCUAGCCCAACACCUCACUCGCUUGCGAUUGAUAGUGAGCCCCCAAGGGCACAUUUUUCAAGAUGUUGCCGAGUUGGGGGAACACAGAGACUUUGGGAUUCACUAUCUCCGGUUGAAUGAUAUCUUCAACUGGACGGAUCACGGGGUUUGUAUGGCGAGCGUUACCAUGUGGGAUCGCGUCGUGUUAAAGUACACCAUACCAAAACGGGAGAAGCGAUCAGUGACGAGCGAGGAGGCGAGCAAGGAGAAGUACGAGGAGCUGAAAAAGAUGGUGAGCAAGAAGGAUGAGGAGAUAGGAAAGCUGAGGGAGGAGAUGGAGGAACAAGAUAAGGAGAUACAAACGUUAAGGGAUGCAACUGAACAACAUGAGGCUGAGUUGGAAAAAGAAAAGGACGAGGAGUUGAAAAAGAAAGAUGACGAGUUACACAUGCUUAGAAAGAGGAAGGAUAAGGAGGUACACGCGUUAGAGGAAGAGAAGAAAGAUGCGAAUGAACAACAUGAAGCGGAGCUGCGAGGGUUGGAAAAGAAAAAUGAUGAGGAGCUGAGAGAGUUGAUGAAGAAGAAAGAUGAUGAGGUACAAGUGAUGGAAAAGAGGAAGGAUGAUGAGUUAAAGGAAAAGAACAAUGAAUUGAAGACGAUGGAAAGAGAAAAGGAUGAGGGAGAAAAGCUGAGCAAAGAGAAGGAUGAGGAAUUAAAAACAUUGAGGGACGAAGUGAAGAAUUUGAGAAAUGAUGCUAAUAAGGGAGAUGAAGUCGGCGCUGCAAAAGAAGGUAAAAUCCUAGUGGAUAGUGAUGAAUGGCAAAAGUUAAAGAAGGACGAGAAGGAGCUGAGGCAAGAGGUAAUGAAGAAGGACGAAGAGAUUAAAAGGAGGUUAGAAAAGGAGAAUGAAGAUAAGGAAGCACUGCAAAAGUCGAUGAACGAGAAGGACGCCGAAUCCAAAAAGAUAAAGAAAGAGAAGGAAGAAACGAUCCAGGCGCAUGCAGCUGAAACGCGAAAUCUAAGGGUCCAGGUGUCUCAACUUAAUGACCUAGAGCAUCGUCGCAAACAACCAUGGCAAUGGACAGGUGCGACACGGUUCGUACUCAACGUGCACCACCGGCGGCCAGUGCCACCAGGUACUUGGUCCAAUGCGGUACCCAGUCAUUGUUACAAUUAUGAUCCAUAUGCCACGACGGGCGCCUUGCCGUUCCCCAGAAUAAAUUGGGCUAUGGUGGACGAAGACCCUAAAGAUUGGCCUCUUCCUCCUAAGAUUGGCGUAUCCUGUCAACCUGGCCAAUUUGACAAAAACAACUGGUGGUUUAUAAAAACAUUUCAUCCGGACGGGCUCUUGGCGAUGGUGGCUUAUUAUGACGGCACUCACCCUUGUUUAAACGAUCCCGGCCACUACACUAUCCAACUUCCCUUUCCAAGAAACUCGAAAUUUUCGACUGCCAUACCUUUCUCCCUGUUUCUGGUGAAUGGCACAUACAAGCUUGCUUUCGUCUACCGCGACUAGCUAUAUAGAGGGUGACCAAUCGAGAUUUGGUUGCUAGAAAAUUUCCGAUUUGUUUCAACUUUGACUUUUGUGUAUUUAUUUGGUGUGUGAUCGUUUGGAUUUCGCUGUCAGUUGUCACCUCCCUCAUCAUUGCUGCUCUCAGCGGCUGUCGGAGGUGGGUUUAUUUAUCUUUCUCUGUAGUUCAUACCAAGGUGUUUGAUUGUGAUAAUUUGUAUUUGAAUAGCCUUAGUCAAAAUCAAUUUGUUCAGCCUCAAAACUUCCAAUAUUUAUGUAAAGGUACAACUUAUUCCUAAAAAGUGACUGAGCGGUAAAAGUCUUUAAGUAGUAUUUUAUAGGGGGUGUUCAAAUUGUUACCAUGGUAAUUAUCAAACCAAAUAAGGCCAAAUUCUAUUAAUCAUGGAAUACAAUAUCAUAACCAAA